AGCCCGGGGGCUCCGGCCGCCCGCGCAGCUGCUGCGUCCGACUCUUGUAUAGCCGGGAACUGGACUCAGCGAGUCUCUGCGGAGCUGUCUCGGGUGUCCCGCUGGUCUCCCCGAAAAUGAGGGCGUCUUGCGCAGCGCGCAAGGCGCCGCUCCGCCUCCCCGAAAGACUGGCUUCUUCUGGGCGCUUCGUCGGGGUGCUUCCCCUGGCGCUUCUCCUCCUGCUGCCCACGUCCUCCGAUGCCUGUGGUGACCCACCACAGUUUGUCACUAUGAAGCCCAAGGGUGCCUUUGGAUCCAGUUAUAAACCUGGGGAUGAAGUACUGUAUGAGUGUCGUCUGGGUUUCCAGCCAAUAACUCCUGGUCAGGUCCUCUCUGUUAUUUGUCAGAAUGAUACUACAUGGUCGUCUCUCCAGGAGGCCUGUAAAAGAAGACGGUGUCCUACCCUAGGUGAUCUCAUAAAUGGCCAAGUUACCUUUGUAAAUGAAAGUACUGAGUUUGGUUCCCAGGCUCACUUUGUUUGUAAUAAGGGCUACUACUUAGCUGGGCCAAGUAUUUCUUACUGUGAGAUUUCUGCAGAGGGUGUGGACUGGAGUGAUAAUCCUCCAACAUGUGAAAGGAUUAAGUGUAAACCACCUGAAGCAAUUCAAAAUGGAAAAUACACCAAUAGCGACAAGGAAACGUUUGACUACAAUGAAGUAGUAACUUAUAGUUGUAAUCCUUCAAAUGGACCAGAUGAAUAUUCACUUAUUGGAGAGAGCAAGCUUACUUGUAUUGGAAAUGAUGAAUGGAGUAGUCAGCCUCCUCAGUGUAAAGUGGUCAGAUGUGUAUAUCCAAUCGUUGAACAUGGAAUGAUAGUCUCAGGAUUUGGACCAAAAUAUUACUACAAAGCGACGGUUGUAUUUAAAUGCAGUGAGGGUUUUAACCUUCAUGGCGACAGUACAGUUGUCUGUGGUGUGAACAGUACUUGGGAGCCUGAGCUACCAAAGUGUAUUAAAGUGUUGACUACUCCCAGCACCCACCCUCCAAUUCCCAGUACCCAACCUCCAGUUCCCAGUGUCUCAGUGUCGACUCCUCCCAGCACCCAACAUCCAAUUCCCAGUGUCUCAGAUUCCAAGCCCACUUCUCCAACCAUGACUUCAGGACAUCCAGAAUAUCCCAGUCCUACUGAUGCAUCACCCCCUAACGAUGCCCAGGGUUUAGGUGCAGGAUACAUCGUGCUCAUUAUUGUUGCUGCAGUUGCUCUUGGCAUUGGAUUACUGUUUUGCCUGUACUACUGUCUUUGCCGACAAAGGAAGAAAGGGUCGAAGUAAAACUGAUGGGGUUAAACUAAAAGUUGCUGAGAGGGAAAGCAGAAUGUAGCGCCACAUACAGCACUUAUCAGGAUAAAGCAGUCACUUCAACAGAAUAGAUGAACUGAACCGUUUCCAGAAACGCAUGUAUCAUUCAGCCAUGAAAAUGAAGGAAAUCUUGCCAUUUGCGACAAUACAGAUGAACCUUGAAGGCAUUUUGCUGGGUAAUAAGUCAUAUAAAGAAAGACAUGUGUACUGUCUGAUCUCACUUAUAUGUGGAAUUGAAAAAAACAAGCUUUCAGGAAAAGAAAAUGAGAUUUGUCGAUGUCAGCAGUGGGUGGUGGGGGCGGGGGGUGGUGGCAGGGGUGGGAUUGAGUAAAGGUGGUCAGAAAAUACAAACCUUCAGCCAUAGGGUGAGAAAGUAGUGGGAUGUAAUUACAGCACAGUGGCUACUGUGAGUUACUCAUACUGUGUUUAUAUUGGCAAGAUGCUAAGAGAGUGGAUCUUAAAAAGUUCUAAUCACAUGGAGGAAGAAAGUUUUUUGUAGUUAUUGACAUUAUCGAAUCAUGCUGUACACUGUAAACUUAGGCAAUGCUCUCAAUUUUGUCUCAAUACUGAAGGAAGAAAAGUAUAAAAAUUAAUUUGCUGCUUUUUUAAACUGUCGGAAAUAAAACUGCUAAGUGAUAGCCAUAGGAACAUUAGAACAUUUUAAUGUGACUGAAGUAUAGUCACUAUUCUUUAAUGCUUCUUUGAAACAUGUAUGAAUUUAGUUUUGACCAUCUUGUCUGUUUUUCCUUAAAUAACACUUGAUUUAUGCGGCAGGUCAACAUGGUAUUCCCAGUAGUGUUAAGGUAGGGAAAUUUUUUUUUUUUUUUCUAUAAGAUCUCCAAACUCAGAGAAAUAUAUUGCAAAAUGACAUUACAUUUGCAAAGAAAGUGAUUUUGAAAUCUUUUUUUGUUCAGAGGUGAUUACCAAUUCUUAAGGUUCAUUCUUUGAGUUUCUUAUCUAAGGAUCUUACUGGAAAAUACUCAUUUGAUAGAUUAAAAUGCUAUUUUUAAAAAUUUGUAACCUCGUGGUAACUUAGCAAUGCUAUUAAGUUUUUGUCUGGCAUUUGUUCUUCACCCCUUUUAUUUAUAAUAAGCCAGUCUGAGAAACCAAGAAUUCAGCAUCAGUUUCAGCCUUCUGUACCAAGUUAGAGGACUCUUAGCACCCAUGGCAACAACGCCAGCUCAGGACAAAGGGAACGCUGUGGCCUUAUAGUUUCCUUAAGAAGAAUUCCACUUUAUUAUUAUUAUUGUACUAUAGUUGUUUUUUUACAAUGUUGUGUCUGUUUCUGCUGAAGAAUUCUACUCUCUAAGAGAAUCAGAGUCCACUCUAAAGUCUGGCUCUAGGGCGUUUUCUCUCACCACUUGGAUAAAGAUAUGUCUUACUUUACACAUGUCAUCAGAAUGUAAGCAGUUUUGAAGGGAAUAAAUUCAUCAGAUAACCUCAGGUUGUAUCAGAAUCUUAAGUCUUUGUGGGCUCCUCACCUCAUCUGUAAAGGGCAGAGUAAAAAUGAACCCUGUAUUUCAGAAAAGGAAACUCAGCUCUGGAUUAGCUGUGGUCAUGCAGAGGGAAGGAGAGACGGAACAGCUCAGGUGGGUCUGCUCACUCAGGUUGGACAGAGCCCAGCCCUCUUUGUCCUCACACCAGCGGCCACAGAGGAGGGACUCUGCUCUAACUCACAUUUUUACAGGUUUUUUUUACACUUUAAAAAAAAUUAUUUUUUCUUUCAUUUUUUGGCCAUACCUUGACAUGCAGAGCUAUCCAAGCUGAGAUCAGACCUGUGGCCCCUGUGGUGGAGCACGGAAACCCAACCACUGGGCCAUCAGGAAGGUCCUCACACUUCGUGGUUAGUAGCACAAACUGAGCCAAAGAAGAGUUGCCUUAUAAAGGUAUGAAUCAGGACUCAAGGCUGAACAGGAGUAAAUACUGUUUUUCUCCCCAAGGACAUGUUUGUAAGGCCCUCUGUAAGUGGUCCUUCCCUUUGUAAUCUUGGGUAAGGCACUUGGAAGACAAGUUUGAACAGAAUAAAUUCAGGAAUUCUGAGACAGAUCCAGAGCUGAAGUUUUGCUGUACCCUUUUAUCACACACUCUUCAAGAAUCUAACACUUUCUCAGAAGCAAGGGGGUGGUUGUACUACAUAUUUCUUAAAACCUCAAGGAAAUGUUUUCAACCAGAGUUUAUUGUGCUUACCAAAAUAGACUUUCACAAUAGUUUCCACUUCAAAUUUAGUUUUUCCAGGGUAACAUAGUUAUAUGUAAGAUUGGAAUAUGUGUGUACAUAUAAAUUAUGUUCUGUCUGCAAAUAACUUGUCAAUUACUUAAAUAUAUGGAGAAACCAUUUUUUCUCUAGAAAUGUCUGUCUGAAUGAGAAGGAAAAGUGUAUUUGAAUUUAAACUUAAAACUGCAAGAGUGAAUCUCCAGUGGAAUGAGACGUCUCAUGUCUGUAUUGUUUGUUUUCUGAGAAGUGAACCUUUGAGUCUAUUUUAAAAAUAAAAUGUCAUUAUGGAGAA